ACUCUGGGGGUGCAUAGGCCCGUCAGCACCCGGAAGGAGGAAGCGGCACAGGGUGUCUGUGGCUGGGCCUGGGAUCUCCCACUCGGGGACUUCCUCUUCCUCUCAGGGCAGGUGUAGCUGCCGCAGCGGGACCAACACCCUGACCCCGUCAUGGAUGGGGGCAAGGGGCCCAGGAUCAGAGACUUCCUGAGUGGCAGCCUGGCCACCUGGGCGCUGGGACUAGCCGGGCUGGUGGGGGAGGCGGAGGAGCCGGAGGGGGAGGAGGAGGAGGAGGAAGGAGAGGGGCCCCUGUGUCCGGAGAAGAGGUUCUUGCGUCUCAGCGAUGGGGCCCUGCUCCUGCGGGUGCUGGGCAUCAUUGCUCCCAGUUCCCGAGGGGGCCCUCGAAUGAUCAGGGGCCGUGACGGCCCCGCAGCCUGGCGGGUGUGGAACCUGAACCACCUGUGGGGCCGACUGAGGGACUUCUACCAGGAGGAGCUGCAGCUGCUGAUCCUGUCGCCACCCCCAGACCUCCAGACGCUGGGCUUUGACCCCUUCUCAGAGGAGGCGGUGGAGGAGCUGGAAGGCAUCCUUAGGCUACUGCUGGGGGCGUCAGUGCAGUGUGAGCACCGGGAACUGUUCAUCCGCCACAUCCAGGGCCUCAGCCUGGAGGUUCAGAGCGAGCUGGCUGCUGCCAUCCAGGAGGUGACCCAGCCCGGGGCGGGCUUGGUGCUGGCGCUGACUGGGCCGGAGACUGGGGAGCUGGCAACUCCAGAGCUGGAGAUGCUCUCCCGGAGCCUGAUGGGGACACUGCUGAAGCUGGCACGGGAGCGCGACCUGGGGGCCCAGCGGCUGGCCGAACUGCUGCUGGAUCGCGAGCCUGCCCCCAUGUUGCCUGAGACUCCCGCCAGGAUUCCCUCGGAGGGGGCCUCGCACACCUUGAGCCUGCAGCUGGCCAAUGCCAAGGCCCAGCUGCGGCGCCUCCGGCAGGAGCUAGAGGAGAAAGCCGAGCUGCUGCUGGAUUCCCAAGCAGAGGUGCAGGGCUUGGAGGCCGAAAUCCGAAGGCUCCGCCAGGAGGCCCAGGCGCUGACGGGACAGGCCAAGCGGGCCGAGCUGUACCGCGAGGAGGCAGACGCGCUGCGGGAGCGGGCGGGCCGCCUGCCCCGCCUGCAGGAGGAACUGCGACGCUGCCGAGAGCGCCUCCAGGCGGCCGAGGCCUGCAAGGGCCGGCUAGAGGAGGAGCGGGUGCUCUCGGGGACUCUGGAGGCCUCCAAGGCGCUCCUGGAGGAGCAGCUGGAGGCCGCUCAGGAGCGCUGUGCUCGGCUGCACGAGACCCAGCGCGAGAACCUGCUGCUGCGGACUCGGCUGGGCGAGGCCCACGCGGAGCUGGACUCCCUGCGGCAUCAGGUGGACCAGCUUGCAGAAGAGAAUGUGGAGCUGGAACUGGAGCUUCAGCGGAGCCUGGAACCACCCCCAGGCUCCCCUGGGGAGGAACCCCUGCCCGGAGCAGCUCCUUCGCUGCAUGAUGAAGUGAGGGAGGCAGAGGCUGGGCGGCUGCGGACCCUGGAGCGGGAGAAUCAGGAGCUUCGAGGCCUGCUCCGGGUGCUGCAGAGGCAGCCAGGUGGCCAGCCCCCCCUACUGGAGGAGCAGAACGAAGACUCGGUGAUUCAAGAGCCAGACUCAGCUCCGCAGACUUGCCUGGCCUCAGACCCUGACCCCCAGGCCUUGGCUGCUCAGGCAGCAGAUGAAGGCCCCCAGGCCUCAGACCCAGCUCCCCUGGCAUUUGAGUCAGCCCUCGAGGGGGUGGCAUCUGAUCUGAACCUGAAGGUGGUGGAGAGGCCUCUCCAGACGGAUGUCGUGGUCCCUGCAGGCUCCAUGCCCCAGGAGUCAGACCCCGACACAGGGGCACAGGAGUUCCCGAAGAAGGCUGGCCUGGGACCCCCUCUCUGGACCCCUGCCUCCGUGACCCCACCUCAGGGUCCCGAGGUUAACAUUCAGGCCCAGCUGUCUCUGGGAGGAGAGACUGGGGAGUCGGUGCCGGAGGCCCCGAGGGUGAAACAGGAGGACCCUGAGAGCAAGCCGGGACCCUCGGAGACCAGCCUGUGUGUGCGGUUGGAGGAGCAGGGGACCCUAGACCAGAGGCCGGACCUACCCGAGGGGCAAACAGAGGCCAGAGAGCAUGAACAGAGGGUGGGGGGGUUGGUCGGGGAUGCAACCCAACGAAAGCCGCAGAAGAAACUGGAAGGGGCUCCUGAGGUCCGGACCCGGGAGGCGCGGGCCCCCGAGGAGAUCCUGGUCAGUGGUGUCCCCGAGCAGGAGGCCCUCCAGGAGGAGGCGGCGCGGCUGAAGCGAGAGGCUGAGGCCCUCCGAGCAGAUCUGGAGGCCCAGGCCCGGAGGCUGGAGGCCCGAGGCACGGAGGCUGCCCGCCUCUCGGAGGAGCUGGCUCAGGCCCGGACGGCAGAGGCUGAGGCCCACCGGGAGGCGGAGGCCCAGGCCCGGGAGCUGGCCCGGUUGCGGGAGGCGGUGGAGUCUUCUGCCCGGGAGCUGGAGGCUGCGUCGCGGGAGCGGGAGGCGCUGGCGGAGGCGCUGGCAGCAGCCGGCCGUGAGCGGAGGCAGUGGGAGCGAGAGGUGCCCAGGCUGCGGGCCCGGGCCGAAGAGGCCGAGGAGCAGCUGCACGUGCUGGAGGGCGAGGGCCGCAGGCACCUGGAGGAGGCUGAGAGGCAGCGCCGAGAGAAGCAGGCCCUCCAGGAGGAGCUGGAGAAGGCCGUGGUGCGGGGCCGGGAGCUGGGGGCCCGGCUGGAGCGUCUGCAGAAUGAGCUGGAACGGGCAGCCCUGGAACGCCAGGAAUUUCUGCGGGAACAGGAGUUCCAGCACCAGAGGUACCAGGGCCUGGAGCAGCGGCUGGAAGCUGAGCUGCAGGCGGCGGCCACCAGCAAGGAGGAGGCGCUGAUGGAGCUCAGAAAGAGGGCCCUGCAGUUGGAGGACGAGCUGUUCAAGCUGCGCCAGGGCGCUGCGGGGCUGGGGUCCCAGGAGAAGACGGAGCUCAAGGGCACGGAGGCCCAGAGCGUGCGGCUUAUCGAGGUGGAGCGCACUAAUGCCACGCUGGCAGCAGAGAAGGCGGCUCUGCAGGGCCAGCUGCAGCACCUGGAGGGGCAGUUGGGGAGCCUGCAGGGGCGCGCCCAGGAGCUGCUGCUGCAGAGUCAGCGGGCCCAGGAGAACAGCAGCCGCCUGCAGGCCGAGAAGUCUGUACUGGAGACACAGGGCCAGGAGCUGCACCGGAAGCUGGGGCUGCUGGAGGAGGAGGUGCAGGCGGCGCGGCGCUCCCAGGAGGAGACCCGCGGACAGCAGCAGGCCCUGCUGCGGGACCACGAGGCCCUGGCGCAGCUGCAGCGGCGGCAGGAGGCGGAGCUGGAGGGGCUGCUGGCCCGGCACCGUGACCUCAAGGCCAACAUGCGGGCGCUGGAGCUGGCCCAUCGGGAGCUGCAGGGCCGGCACGAACAGCUGCAGGCCCAGAGGGCCAAUGUGGAGGCGCAGGAGGUAGCCCUGCUGGCAGAGCGUGAACGCUUGGUGCAGGAUGGGCAUCGGCAGCGGGGCCUGGAGGAGGAGCUCCGGAGGCUGCAGAGUGAGCAUGACAGGGCUCAGAUGCUGCUGGCGGAGGUGUCCCGGGAGCGCGGGGAGUUACAGGGGGAACGCGGGGAGCUGCGGGGUCGGCUGGCGAGGCUGGAGCUGGAGCGGGCACAGCUGGAAGCCCAGAGCCAGCGACUGCGGGAGUCCAACCAGCAGCUGGACUUGAGUGCCUGCCGGCUGACCACACAGUGCGAGCUGUUGAUGGAGCUCCGGAGCACCCAGGAAGAGGAGAACCGGCAGCUGCUGGCCGAGGUGCAGGCGCUGAGCCGGGAGAACCGGGAGCUCCUGGAGCGCAGCCUGGAGAGCCGGGACCACCUGCACCGCGAGCAGCGCGAGUACCUGGACCAGCUGAAUGCCUUGCGCCGGGAGAAGCAGAAGCUGGUGGAGAAAAUCAUGGACCAAUACCGUGUGCUGGAGCCUGGGCCCCUGCCCCGGACCAAGAAGGGCAGCUGGCUGGCAGACAAGGGUCCCCCUCACCGGCACCCAUGCGCCGGGCACAGAGCUCCCUGUGUCUGCGGGAUGAGACACUGGCGGGUGGGCAGCGGCGGAAACUCAGCUCAAGAUUCCCCGUGGGGCGAAGCUCUGAGUCAUUCAGUCCUGGGGACACCCCCCGGCAGCGAUUCCGACAGCGGCGCCCAGGGCCCCUGGGGGCACCAAGCUCCCAUGGCAAAGGACCUGGCGUGGGAUGGGGCGGCUCCGUCGAGACCCUGGCGGAACACGAAGCAGAUGCCAACAGAGAGAGCCUCGAGGUGCAGGAACCGGAGAAGCGAACUCUCGCCCCUUCACUCAGCCAGUGACACCGCGUGGAUGGACAGCAUGGGAGCGGAGUGUUCUCAGCACUGGAGUCUCAGUGGGGACUCCAGGCAGCCCAAGAAUGUGGGGAGGCAGGGCACUCAUUGCGAGUCCUUGGACAAGGAGCCCUGGGCCCCCAGAUCCUCCACGGCCUGCACGGGGGGCCCGAGCUGGAGCUGGGACAAGUCUGCAGACAGGGGGGACGGCUGGCCCCCACAAACAGCUCCCUGCUGGGGCUCCGCCCUGCGGCCCUCACUGAGGAGAAAGUCCCCGGGGAAACUCCCAGCUGAGGGAGGCAGGCAGGAGUGGGCAAGAGCGCCCCCUGCCCGGCCUAGGAGGGGGGCCAAGGACCAUUCCCUGGGGACUGUGACCAGGGUCCAUUUCUGAACCUUGGCUCCGAUGUGAGAGACAGGAGAAUAAAGCCAGGACGUGACCACUGA